AUGAAUGAGAAAUGGGACACAAACUCUUCAGAAAACUGGCAUCCCAUCUGGAGUGUCAAUGACACAAAGCAUCAUCUGUACUCAGAUAUUAAUAUUACCUACGUGAACUACUAUCUUCACCAGCCUCAAGUGGCAGCAAUCUUCAUUAUUUCCUACUUUCUGAUAUUCUUUUUGUGCAUGGUGGGAAAUACUGUGGUUUGCUUUAUUGUAAUGAGGAACAAACAUAUGCACACAGUCACUAAUCUCUUCAUCUUAAACCUGGCCAUAAGUGAUUUACUAGUUGGCAUAUUCUGCAUGCCUAUAACACUGCUGGACAAUAUUAUAGCAGGAUGGCCAUUUGGAAACACGAUGUGCAAGAUCAGUGGAUUGGUUCAGGGAAUAUCUGUCGCAGCUUCAGUCUUUACGUUAGUUGCAAUUGCUGUAGAUAGGUUCCGGUGUGUGGUCUACCCUUUUAAGCCAAAGCUCACUAUCAAGACAGCAUUUGUCAUUAUUAUGAUCAUCUGGGUCCUAGCUGUCACCAUUAUGUCUCCAUCUGCAGUAAUGUUACAUGUGCAAGAAGAAAAAUAUUACCGAGUGAGACUCAACUCGCAGAAUAAAACCAGUCCAGUCUACUGGUGCCGGGAAGACUGGCCAAAUCAGGAAAUGAGGAAGAUCUACGCUACUGUACUGUUUGCCAACAUCUACCUGGCUCCCCUCUCCAUCACUGUCAUCAUGUAUGGAAGGAUUGGAAUUUCACUCUUCAGGGCUGCAGUUCCUCACACAGGCAGGCAAAACCAGGAGCAGUGGCACGUGGUGUCCAAGAAGAAGCAGAAGGUCAUUAAGAUGCUCCUGAUUGUGGCCCUGCUUUUUAUUCUCUCAUGGCUGCCCCUGUGGACUCUAAUGAUGCUCUCAGACUAUGCUGACCUUUCUCCAAAUGAACUGCAGAUCAUCAAUAUCUACAUCUACCCUUUCGCACACUGGCUGGCAUUCGGCAACAGCAGUGUCAAUCCCAUCAUUUACGGUUUCUUCAAUGAGAAUUUCCGCCGUGGUUUCCAAGAAGCUUUCCAGCUCCAGCUCUGCCAAAAAGGAGCAAAGCCUAUGGAAGCUUAUGCCCUAAAAGCUAAAAGCCACGUGCUCAUAAACACAUCUAAUCAGCUUGUCCAGGAAUCUACAUUUCAAAACCCUCAUGGGGAAAACUAG